AUGACCAAGCAUCUUCCCAGCCGUUGCUCGUCCAACGAGUCAAUUCGAGAGGUCCCCAAUGAAGAAGAGCAGGAAGCCAUCAUUGGCGCUGAGAGACAUGCAAUUGAGGAGGAAUGGUCCAACGGCAUCCGCUUCAAGGUCGACCUUCGCCUCUGCAGCAUAGCAGGCAUCCUAUGCUCGCUCAACCUACUCGAUAGCGGCGUCAUUUCCAGUGCGUCCGUCACAUCCAUGCUCAGCGACCUGGAGCUCGACGUCGGCAACAGAUACUCCGUCUCCAUCUUUAUCUUUACCAUUGCGAGCAUUGCGUUCCAGCUGCCAUCGACUAUUGCCGUCAGGACAUUCGGCCCGAGAAUCUGGUUCGCCUUCAUCACCUUCUGCUUCGGCAUCAUCACGCUCUGCACGGCCUUUGUACAGACUUGGCGGCAGAUGAUUGCACUUCGCAUUCUCCUUGGUAUUUCCAUGUCGGGCAUCUACCCAGGCCUGACCUAUCUCAUUUCCACAUGGUACACGCGGAAAGAGCAGCAGCUUCGCUUUGCGCUGAUGCAGAGCGGAGAGGUCAUUGUGCUAGCAACAGGCGGCAUCGUCAACUUUGGCCUCAACCAGCUGGACGGCAGAUAUCUGAAAGGAUGGCAGUGGAUGUUCGUUGUGCAGGGCAGCAUCACUGCCUUCAUCGGCAUCCUGACGUACUGGUGGAUGGUGGAUUUUCCAGAGCAUGCACACAAGUCCUUUUACUUCCUCACGCCACAUGAAAGCUCCGUAGCAUCGUCUCGAAUCGAGAGAGAUCGCGGCGAUGUGCAGCCAGACCCGUUCAAAUGGAGCAAGGUCUUCGUACAUGCCACAGAUGCAAAGGUCUAUGGUUUUUGCACACUGUACUUUCUGCAAAACCUCGUCUCGACCUCGCUGUCCUAUUUUCUCCCAAUCAUCCUCCAGGGCGGUAUGGGCUUCAGCUCCAACAAAUCCAUCCUCCUCUCGGCGCCGCCAUACUACUACGCUGUUAUUCCUGCCAUUCUGUCUUCAUUGGUGGGCGACAAGCUGCAGUUGCGAGGGCCAAUCAUCGUGUUCAACUGUCUGUCUCUGAUUGUGGGAUUCUGCAUGCUUGGGUUUUCGAACCAGGUCACAGUGAGAUACAUUGGGACGUAUCUCGCUACUGGUGCGUAUGUGGCUAACUGGGCUGCCAUGGCAACGUACCAGGCGAACAAUGUUGUGGGACAAUGGAAGAGGGUGUUCACGGCUGCCAUGGUUACAGCCUUCAAUGGCGCAGGAGGCAUUGCCGGGAGCUUCAUUGUCCGACAGCCCGAGAGUCCGAGAUACAUGACCGCCAUCUGGGUUAGUAUCGGGAGCCACAUUAUGAUUAUUGGCUUGAUUGGCGUCUUCUCACUGCACUUCUACUGGGCGAACCGAAGCCAGAGCAAGGGCAAGCGCAUCUUGGAGGGCACAGAGGGUUUCCGGUUUACGUAUUGA